GCCCGCACCGCCGCCCGCCCGGCCCAGGCGCCCGCUGGGUCUGCCCACCCCCUCGCCCCAGCCUCCCCGGCGGCUCUCGGCAGGCGGUCGCCCGCGCCCGGUGGAUGUGGCUGGCCGCCGCCCCCUCCCUCGCUCGCCGCCUGCUCCUCCUCGGCCCUCCGCCUCCUCCCCUCCUUCUCCUCCUCAGCCGCUCCUCUCGCCGCCGCCGCCGCCUCCACUGCCUGGGCCUCGCCGCGAUGCCGGAGAAGCGGCCCUUCGAGCGGCUGCCCGCCGAGGUGUCGCCCAUCAACUACAGCCUCUGCCUCAAGCCCGACUUGCUGGACUUCACCUUCGAGGGCAAGCUGGAGGCCGCCGCCCAGGUGAGGCAGGCAACCAAUCAGAUUGUGAUGAAUUGUGCUGACAUUGACAUUAUUACAGCUUCAUAUGUGCCAGAAGGGGAUGAAGAAAUCCAUGCUACAGGAUUUAACUAUCAGAAUGAAGAUGAAAAAGUCACCUUGUCUUUUCCUAGUACUCUACAAACAGGUACAGGAACCUUAAAGAUAGAUUUUGUUGGAGAGCUGAAUGACAAAAUGAAAGGCUUCUAUAGAAGUAAAUACACCACCCCUGCCGGAGAAGUGCGCUAUGCUGCUGUCACGCAGUUUGAGGCUACUGAUGCCCGGAGGGCUUUUCCUUGCUGGGAUGAGCCUGCUAUCAAAGCAACUUUUGAUAUCUCACUGGUUGUUCCUAAAGACAGAGUGGCUUUAUCAAACAUGAAUGUGAUUGACAGGAAGCCAUAUCCUGAUGAUGAAAAUUUAGUGGAAGUGAAGUUUGCCCGCACACCUGUUAUGUCUACAUAUCUGGUGGCAUUUGUUGUGGGUGAAUACGACUUUGUAGAAACAAGGUCAAAAGAUGGUGUGUGUGUCCGUGUUUACACCCCUGUUGGCAAAGCAGAGCAAGGAAAAUUUGCGCUAGAGGUUGCUGCUAAAACCUUGCCUUUUUAUAAAGACUACUUCAAUGUUCCUUAUCCUCUGCCUAAAAUUGAUCUCAUUGCUAUUGCUGACUUUGCAGCUGGUGCCAUGGAGAACUGGGGCCUUGUUACUUAUAGGGAGACCGCAUUGCUCAUUGACCCAAAAAACUCGUGUUCUUCCUCCCGCCAGUGGGUGGCCCUGGUUGUGGGACAUGAGCUCGCCCAUCAAUGGUUUGGAAAUCUUGUUACUAUGGAAUGGUGGACUCAUCUCUGGUUAAAUGAAGGCUUUGCAUCCUGGAUUGAGUAUCUUUGUGUAGACCACUGCUUUCCAGAGUAUGAUAUCUGGACUCAGUUUGUUUCUGCAGAUUAUACCCGUGCCCAGGAACUUGACGCCUUAGAUAACAGCCAUCCUAUUGAAGUCAGUGUGGGCCAUCCAUCUGAGGUUGAUGAGAUAUUUGAUGCUAUAUCAUACAGCAAAGGUGCAUCUGUUAUCCGAAUGCUACAUGACUACAUCGGCGAUAAGGACUUUAAGAAAGGAAUGAACAUGUAUUUAACCAAGUUCCAGCAAAAGAAUGCAGCCACAGAGGAUCUCUGGGAAAGUUUGGAAAAUGCCAGUGGUAAGCCUAUAGCAGCUGUGAUGAAUACGUGGACCAAACAAAUGGGGUUCCCUCUCGUUUAUGUGGAAGCUGAACAGGUAGAAGAUGACAGAAUGCUAAAGCUUUCUCAAAAGAAGUUCUGUGCCAGUGGACCAUAUGUCGGUGAGGACUGUCCUCAGUGGAUGGUUCCUAUUACAAUUUCAACUAGUGAAGAUCCCAGCCAGGCCAAACUGAAAGUCCUGAUGGAUAAGCCGGAGAUGAGUGUGGUUCUGAAGAAUGUCAAACCCGACCAGUGGGUGAAGCUCAAUCUGGGAACAGUUGGGUUUUAUCGGACCCAGUACAGCUCUGCCAUGCUGGAAAGUUUAUUGCCAGGCAUCCGUGACCUCUCUCUGCCCCCGGUGGAUCGACUUGGAUUACAAAAUGACCUCUUUUCUCUGGCUCGAGCUGGAAUCAUUAGCACUGUAGAGGUUCUAAAAGUCAUGGAGGCUUUUGUGAAUGAGCCCAAUUAUACUGUAUGGAGCGACCUCAGCUGUAACCUGGGGAUUCUUUCAACUCUCUUGUCCCACACAGACUUCUAUGAGGAAAUCCAGGAGUUUGUGAAAGAUGUCUUUUCACCUAUAGGAGAGAGACUGGGCUGGGACCCCAAACCUGGAGAAGGUCAUCUCGAUGCACUCCUGAGGGGCUUGGUGCUGGGGAAACUGGGGAAAGCAGGGCAUAAAGCAACUCUGGAAGAAGCCCGACGUCGGUUUAAGGAGCACGUGGAAGGAAAGCAGAUUCUUUCUGCUGAUCUGAGGAGUCCCGUUUAUCUUACUGUUUUAAAGCAUGGUGAUGGCACUACCUUAGACAUUAUGCUAAAGCUUCACAAACAAGCUGAUAUGCAAGAAGAGAAAAACCGAAUUGAAAGAGUUCUUGGGGCUACUCUUUCGCCUGAACUGAUUCAAAAAGUUCUCACUUUUGCACUUUCAGAAGAGGUACGUCCACAGGACACUGUGUCAGUAAUUGGUGGAGUGGCUGGAGGCAGCAAGCAUGGCAGGAAAGCUGCUUGGAAAUUCAUAAAGGACAACUGGGAAGAGCUUUAUAAUCGAUACCAGGGAGGGUUCCUAAUAUCCAGAUUAAUAAAGCUGUCAGUUGAGGGAUUUGCAAUUGAUAAAAUGGCUGGAGAAGUUAAGGCUUUCUUCGAGAGUCACCCAGCCCCUUCAGCUGAGCGUACCAUCCAGCAGUGUUGUGAAAAUAUCCUGCUGAAUGCUGCUUGGCUAAAGCGAGAUGCCGAGAGCAUUCACCAGUACCUCCUUCAGCGGAAAGCCUCCCCGCCUUCUGUGUGAAGCCUCUGCACCGUGGGCUCGCUGCCUCUGCAAGGAUGAGGUGGAGCUACCAAGCUGAUUCACAUGCCAAGAAUUUGGAGUCUUACACCAGUGGGGUUUGGACAAUGAAUGUAGUUAACUGGUUCCUGCUCACACUCCAGAAUUAAAUUCUAUUGAAAAAGGAAAAUCAGCAAUUCAGCAAAAAAAUAAAUAAAUAAAUAAAUAAAAUAAAAAUGUAAAUAUGAUAGUAAUAAACUAGAGCAUAACGAAACUGUGAAACUUCCUGAAGCCUGUCAUGGUUCAAAGUGUUGAACACUCUCCUGUUAGUGACGGAUGUUGUUUUAUAGCCUACCAGAAGGAAAGAGGCUUUUGGGGAAGAGGGUUGUUGUGAAGUGGGUUCUCCAUGCAGCCUGACAAGCCGGGCAUGUCCAUCGCUGGGGAUGCUGACGGGAAGGCUGGUCCUGGCUCACUCAGUGCAGUCUGCAGAACUCCAGGUGGGCUUUCCUCUUCCUUUGUGGCAUGGGAACUGACCAGGAAGGUACCUUUUCCUGCAUAACUCAGUCUGAACCAAGGAGUGUAGUUCUUGCCUCCCUUCUGUGUGAUCCCCACCUACCCCCAAAAAGGAACGAAAGCUUUUAAAAAAAUAACCCUCCCCUCCCUCAUCCUGAGUUCUCCCUUUAGUUCUGCCGAGCCCUGACCCAUUGUUCUUAUAGAUAAUGAGAAACAUCUUUGACAGCCACAUUAAAUAAGAGGAGCUGAUAUACUUUUUUUUUCUUUUUUAAGAUAACCUUUAAGAACCCUGAAAUGCAUAGUAGGUGAGAGAGUAGAAAUAAGGAUUGUCAGCCAGGCCUUUCUGCUGGAGUGAUUCUGCUCAGAAGGGUCCCAGCUACCUGACAGGCCAAAUGCCGCGCCUCUUGCGAACAGUAUCUGUGAGUUGUGGCUCGAUAGCUUGUGUAUAUGAGGGGCCAGCGGGGACUGCCGUGAGCCCAGAUUUCCGCUGCGCCACUGCGUUAUCAGAGUGCCCACUAACGAGCCUGGCCACCUAACUCAGUGUGUUUUUACUAAGUCUCAGCCCCUUUCUCCCUUCUUAUUUUUCCUUUUUUUCUGUUCCUUUUAUUUUUUUCUGGAUCUCUUUUUGUGUUAACAGAAAUUCAUAUUUGGUGUGGCUUAAAUGUAUUUCGGAAGGUCAUCAGAUUGUGAGACUGCUUCCUUGAAACAUUUUUGUGCUAUUGUUUUAAAAAAUAAUAAUUAAAAAACAGUUGGCGUUAAUAAAAAUGUCAAUGUGAA